GAGGGAUGCUGAGUCCAAAAGUGCUUUAAAUGUGGAGGACAAAGGGAUAUUUCACAUAGUCCCAACCAUUCCUGUGGUUUCUGUCAUUCACUGUUUUGCUUUCUUCUUGCCUCUAUUCUCAUCCUCACACCUGGAUUUUUGGGUUUGGCCAGUGUAUAUAUAUGGGUUGCUGAUAGGACGGGGACAGGUGACUCACGAUGGCCGUGGCUUUGGAUGCAGUGUGGCUGAGGGUGAAGAACGUCUGUAAACAGAACGGACUCCUCAUCUUAUCGGUGUUGGCUGUGGUCAUAGGAUGUCUUUUGGGAUUCUUCCUGAGGACACGGCGCCUCACAGAGCAGGAGGUGAAAUAUUUCCAGUUCCCCGGAGAGCUGCUGAUGAGAAUGCUGAAGAUGCUGAUUCUACCCCUCGUCGUGUCCAGUUUAAUGUCAGGGCUGGCAGCCCUAGAUGCCAAGUGUUCCAGUCGGCUGGGUCUGAUCACAGUGUCCUAUUACUUGUGGACAACCUUUGUGGCUGUGGUAGUGGGUAUCAUCAUGGUCUCCAUUAUCCACCCCGGUGGUGCAGCCCAGAAGGAGGACUCUGAGGACAGCGGAAAACCUAUCAUGAGUUCUGCUGAUGCUUUGCUAGACCUCAUCCGCAACAUGUUUCCCUCUAAUCUGGUUCAGGCCACAUUUCAACAGUAUCGAACGAGUAGCGAGUCCAUUGUGAAAGCCAAGCCUACUGUGGGUCAGAGCCAAUCAGAGUCCACCACACGGCGAGCACUCAUCUACGGUAUCCAGGAUGAUAACGGGACAGACAUCCAGAACUUUGCCCUUGACCUGACGCCUCCCCCAGAUGUCCUCAUUCGCACGCGGCCAGGAACAAGUGAUGGAAUGAACGUACUUGGAAUUGUCAUCUUUUCAGCCACAAUGGGUAUUAUGCUGGGAAGGAUGGGGCCAAAUGGCAGUGCCUUGGUGAAUUUCUGUCAGAGCUUGAAUGAGGCUGUUCUUAAAAUCGUGGCCAUUGUUAUUUGGUACUUCCCAUUUGGCAUUGUGUUCCUGGUGGCUGGGAAGAUCCUGGAGAUGAGUGAUCCAUCAGCCAUGGGAAAGAAGCUUGGCUUCUAUGCUGUUACUGUGGUGUUUGGUCUGGUGUUGCAUGGCCUCUUUAUCCUCCCCGCCAUGUACUUCUUCAUUACCAAGAAGAGCCCCAUUGUUUAUAUACGGGGAAUCCUGCAAGCCCUGCUCAUCGCCCUGGCAACCUCCUCUAGCUCUGCCACAUUGCCUAUCACCUUCAAGUGCCUCUUAGAGAACAACCACAUUGACCGCCGCAUCAUCCGUUUUGUGCUCCCCGUGGGCGCCACCAUCAAUAUGGAUGGCACCGCCCUCUAUGAAGCCGUGGCAGCGAUAUUCAUCGCCCAGGUUAAUAAUUAUGAACUGGACUUUGGCCAGAUCAUCACCAUCAGCAUCACAGCCACUGCAGCCAGUAUUGGUGCAGCAGGGAUUCCACAAGCGGGACUGGUUACCAUGGUGAUAGUGCUAACAUCAGUCGGGUUGCCAACCGAUGACAUCACUCUCAUCAUUGCAGUUGAUUGGGCAUUAGACAGAUUCCGCACCAUGGUGAAUGUAAUGGGUGAUGCUUUGGCCACAGGCAUCAUGGCACACAUCUGCAGGAAAGACUUCAUGAAAGAAGGAGAUGGGGUGCCUUUAAUCUGCGAGACCAAACCCAUAAUGAACACCCCGCCGCUGAUGAACUGUCACAGCAACAAUGGCAACUACCAGCCCCCUUCUUUUGGGGUCAAACCUGAGCACAUCCCUCCUGAUGUGGCCCGACUCAGGCAGCUAGAGGAGGGCAUCCGACCACCACCACCACCACCACCAGAGAGAAAAAAGCCUCCGGUACCCCCAAGGCACCUAAAAAAGGACAAAGAACAUUUUACCAUUGAUAUGAAUGGCCUUGAGACCAAUGUAUAGCCUCCUUCUUCGUUAUAGGAUAGGUUUUGUUGACCAGAAUCUCAGAGCAAAGGACACCAUUAGAGAUGAAAGGACGACACGCCCAAGGUCAUGUGUCAGUUUAUUUCAUGGGGAAAACAUUGUCAGCCAGUGUCAAGAUUUCUUCCCAUGUGAUCAUAAAUAGCGAACCAAGAAGAAAGGAUAUGAAGUCUUAGGAUUUUCCUUAUUGUAGCAGUGAUAAUGGUCAGGGAUAGGAUGCGUGUUGUGAAAUGGGAGAAAAAAAAAAUGUUGUGACAGUGGAUAUUCGGAGAUGAAAAGGACAUUGUUAGAUGUACUCAUACCAGUGCGUUUGGUCCGCAAAAAACAUUUCUUCUCGCGUCUGGACUUAAAGAGUGAGCUUGCACUGAGAAGUCAGUCCUUCUGUUGCGAGUGUUGAAGAGAGAAAGUACACACACAGUUCUCAGAGUUUGUAUAUAGCUGUGAAUAUUUGCAUUGAUUGAUUUCUAUUUGAUACCUACAUUUUAUAUGAUUUCUUAACUGCAUCUUUUAUUUGUCUCAGUGUGCAACAUAUACUUGUUAAUAAGGCAAAUGUUUAUUUAUUUAUUUACUUAGUUAGUUAGCUAGUUAUUUUUUACAACUGCAAGCAGCCACUUGUCUGUGUCAUAAAAUCUAGAGGAUAGGAUAGCAAGCCUAAUCUCACAUGAUCUGAAGGCAAAGUGACAUGCCCAAAUUGUUUAAUUUUGCCUUAAAAUGCUGGUGGUGCUAGGCAGAUGACAAUGAUGAUGAUGAUAAUGAUGACAAGGAGGGUGGUACUGAAAAAAAAAAACACAUAUUUCCCUUCCAGCCACAUUACCUUAUAUACACCUGGGCAAAAAUAUAUUUACAGAAAAUGACUUCAUAUAUUUGUACAAUCUCUGUAGCACUUGAUAUGAUUUAACUUUCCUGGCACUUGAACAGCCUGAUAAGUGCAAAACACCACUUGUAAUAUACGCCAAGUGGUCCUUGUUGUUUGAUUGUUUUUUGGGUCUUGGUGUGUUUGUUUGUUUGUUUGUUCAACUAUCAGAACAAUACCCAACCUCUGACAGUAUCGACAUAAACUCAUUUUGGAGCACGUGGAUUGCAGCUGCAUUUUAUGACAUGCAUGCUGCACACAGUAUGUAACAUUUGUAUGGGGAAUAUUCAAGGACAUGCAGAUGUAUGUCAGUAUGGUAUGCUAUUUUUUUUCUCUGCAAUUUGAUUGGUUAAAUACUAUUUAUUUUUCAUACACAUCCUCUGCCAGAGAUUCCCGAGUGCUUUGCCUUGAGCAGCAGUUUGUUUUCUAAUGUGCAUCAGGUGUCAGGCUGCCAACAUCUUUUUUCAGAUAAUAGCAUGUCCUCUGAGGCGUGCUGACCUCUUUAAGGUAACUCAUUCUCAUCUUUGUUUUUAUAUGAGGCAGAUUACCUGCACUCACUUCCUAUAUCUUUAUAUGAGAGAUAAAUAAGCUAUGUCCCAUUCUCUUGUCUUGAACAAUGACACCACCCUGUGAGGAGGAACCCACUGACAGCUUGAUAGGUAUGAAACAAUGUCUGACUUAAUAAGGAGCACUGUCAUCACUAAGCUUAGUACAUCUGUAAAUCCAGAUCCAGAAUGAAGUGUAGCACAUUUAAUUAUCUCUGGCAUGCCUAUUUUCUGUCAGCUUCAAGUUCAUAUGUAUUCAGGAAAAAAAAUAAAGCUUUAUUGACCACAUAUUGCCCACAGAUUUCCUUUCAGGGGUUAAAACAGCUAUUUUAAAUGGUCACAUCUGUGACAAUUUUCAGUCAAACAAGCAAUAGGAAAAUAGCAAAAGAUUUAGGACAUAAAUGUGACACUAUUAAAGCAAAGCUUGCUGUGAA